AUGCCUGAAGGUACGAGAUACACCCAGCUCCAGGAAGGGCUUAAUGCUGUGAAGCAAACUACCACUGGCCUUGAAUCUGAACUGUUGGACUUGAAGAAAUGCUCAGAAUCUCAGUUUAAACAUAUUGAAACUGAGAUGGCUGCUUUUCACAGGGAAAUCUUUAAUCAGCUGGCUGUUUUGACCCAGGAGCUGCAACAGAAAAAUCAGCAUAAAAAACAUGACGAACCAGAAUCUUCUUCAGUCACUCACCCACACCAUGAACAUCACAAAGAAUCAUUUGGAGAAAUUGGCACCAGAUCUGUUAGAGUGGAUUUUCCCUCUUUCCAUGGGGAGGAUCCCAAUGGUUGGAUCUAUAAGGUAAACCAUUUUUUUUCCUUUCAUAACACCUUACCACAACACAAGGUGCGCUUAGCAUCCUUCCAUAUGGAAGGGCAAGCAUUAGUGUGGUUCCAAAAUAUGGAAGAAAUGGGAGCAUUUCCAGAUUGGGACUCUUUUACGCGUGCUUUGUCAAUGCGUUUUGGCCCUAGUGUCUAUGAUGACCCCAUGGCUUCACUGGCCAAAUUACACCAAACGGGGUCAGUGGAGGAUUAUAAGACCAGGUUUGAGAAUCUGUCCAAUCGGCUUAAGGGGUUGCCAAAAUCUGUCCAACUGAGUUGUUUCCUCAGUGGCCUUAAAGAGGAGAUUCGUGUCACAGUUACAAUGUUUAAUCCUACCAAUUUAAUAGCAGCUUACAACCUUGCUAGAUUACAAGAACAGAAUGUGGCCCUUGCUAGGAGGUACCACCGCACCCCCAUACUGCCCUCCAAUGAACCUAGAUUGUUGAAAACGCCCCCUUCCGUUCACUUUGAGCCUCCAAAAGGGGCUGUUAAACCUCAGCUUCCAUGGAGUCCAGGCCAUAAGUGUCAAAAACCUAAGUUGUACAUCCUGGAAGAGGUGUGGGAAGACUCUUCUGACAAGACCAUUUGGGAUAAACCAAAGUUGGAACCAGCAGUAGCUACCUUGGCUCUAUCUACGGUGGAACCCAUUCCGGAAAUUUCUUUGCAUGCUAUCACGGGCUCCCUUAACCCACGCACUAUGAGGGUUAAAGGGAAGGUGGGAUCGCAAUGGGCUACCAUUUUAAUUGACACAGGUUCCACCCACAAUUUCCUUGACCCUGCUGUGGUAAUAAAGGGCCAGUUGCCUAUUAACCAAGAAAGAAGGGUGCGAGUGAGGGUGGCGAGUGGGGAACAACUCUUAAGUGAAGGGGAGAGUGUGCAAACCAGAUUUAAUAUCCAGGGUAUCAGUUUUGUGGAUAACAUGCAUGUGUUGGUGUUGGCGGGGUGCGACAUGGUGCUCGGCAUCCAAUGGUUGAGGGGCUUGGGUUCUAUUCUCUGGAAUUUUGAAAGCCUCAUAAUGAAAUUCACUUAUCAGAAUAAGGAGGUGGAAAUUAAAGGCUUGGCAGCAUCACAACUCAUUGAAGAGGGGGAUGGCAAUAAAAAGCAUAAGCUGGAAACAAGGGGGGUCCUACUACAAUUGCUCCAAGAACCUGAACCGUAUGGUGCUUUACAAGAAAAAGGGUUGCUCCAAGAUGUGUUACAAGCCUAUGCCGAUGAUGAAAUUGAGAAGAUAGUUAAGGAGCUGCUCGUCUCAGGGGUGAUACGCCCAAGUCAAAGCCCCUUCUCCUCACCCGUGCUGCUGGUCAGAAAAGCAGACGGGACCUGGCGCAUGUAUGUCGACUACAGGGCACUAAAUCAGGUCACAAUUAAAGAUAAGUUUCCUAUUCUAGUAGUUGAGGAACUUAUGGAUGAACUACAUGGGUCAAAAUUUUUUUCUAAGCUGGACUUGCAUUCUGGAGACCACCAGAUUCGCGUGAGGCCUGAAGAUGUGCCCAAAACAGCUUUUCGUACACACGAGGGGCAUUACGAAUUUUUAGUUAUGCCCUUUGGACUAACUAACGCCCCCUCAACAUUUCAAAGCCUCAUGAACGAGGUGUUUAAACCCUUCCUCCAGAAGUUUAUAUUGGUUUUUUUUUAUGAUAUCUUAAUAUACAGCAGGAGUGAGGUAGACCAUGUGGAACACCUAAAAAUGGCCUUGGAGACCCUGCGGCAGCAGCAGUUAUUUGCCAAAAUGACUAAGUGCAAGUUUGGGUGUCGUGAGAUCACCUAUUUGGGUCAUCUCAUAUCAGCUCAAGGGGUGCGGGCAGACCCGGAUAAAUUACGAGCAAUGUUGCAAUGGCCACUCCCUAAUUCAGUCAAGGGGCUACAAGGUUUUCUAGGCCUCAGUGGCUAUUACCGGAGAUUUAUCCGUGGCUAUGGAGGGAUAGCAGCCCCCCUAACUCAGAUGCUUCGCAAAAACAGUUUUGAGUGGACAGAUGAGGCACGGGAGGCAUUUGAAAAGCUGAAGGCAGCAGUCACACAGCCACCUGUUUUGGCUCUACCGGAUUUUCCCAACCUUUCACUAUCGAGUGUGAUGCCUUGGGUGGAGCGGUGGAGGCAGUACUAA